AUGAAGUCGCUAGCGAUGUUCGGACGCUCCUGCCCUGUACAUCUGUUUGCCGACCGCCCACCAGUGACACAAUGCUCCAGAUGCCAACGAUUCGACCACGUGGCAGACAAGUGCUCACUGGAAGUCCGCUGCAAAUAUUGCGGAGAACCACACUCGGCAAAGGAACACCAAGCAAAAUGCACGAACUGCAUGGCAGAAGCCCAAGCAGAGGACACAAUGGAUGUCGAUUCAGCAAGCCCAUGCACGCACCGACUAUGCUGCAUCAACUGCAAGGGGAAACGACAAGAAACCGACCACACAGCCGACUCAAGACGGUGUCCGGAACGAACAUCAAGAUACGGUGCAGCGCGAGCAAACGAGAAAAAGAAAGCACUGGACAGUAGCUGGCAGCAAGUGAAGACGAGGGGCGGGAGACGUCGGGACACCCAACUACAAGCCCAACCCGGGGAGAAAACGAGGAACCGCUUCGAACCAAUAGAACCAGAACGGACAAUGGAUGACCGAGCGCAGGACCUCGUCAGGGCAGCGGCAGCUAGUCGUAUCACCAUAUCGAAGGACGAAGCACUGGCCAAGCUGUUAGCGACGAGCAAAUCAGUCUCGGGCCAAUGA